CUAUUUUAAUUUAAUAUUUAAUCAUUCAUGCCUGUAAUAACGCGAUUAAAUUAAUCAUUUCAUAUUACGUCAUCACAUGUCUGAAAGUUUGACAUUUUGAAUCAAUCUUCAUUGACCAAUCAAAACGCAAAGGGCGAAGAUUGACUUCGCUCUGAUUUGAUUGGUCAAUCAAACGAAUUUGUAUUUAAAAAUACUUGGUUACCAAUCUAGAUAACUUUAUUAAUUCGUGAUGUAAGACAGUUGUUUACAUUGCGGUGUCGCGUGAAGUAAGGUUACUCAUGAAAUCAUGACAGAUUCAACGAGUAGAAAACUCUUCAUCGACUCGCAAAUAUUUUAAUAUCACGUCCUCGACUGCGAAAAUGGACAUUUCUGUAUAACAUAAAUAAUAUUGCUCUUUUCUGACAUCCUUGCCUUGUCUCGGAUGAGAUGAUUGUACGAUGAAGACCGGAUCAUGUCGACGCUCAUCGAGAUCAAUAAUAAUAAUAAUAGUUUGUUCGACGAGGAGCCUCGCGUUCCCGAUACGAUCGAACGAAUCGAGGGAUCCACGGUGACAUAUAACGAUUUCUUCUCCAAGUAUCUGACAGGUAAUGAACCCUGUGUCAUUAAUUCCCGAGCAACAGAAAACUGGCCGUGCAGACGUGAGUGGGUGUCGAACGAUGCACCCAAUUUCGAGGUGCUUCGUGCAUUGUUUGGACAGACCGUGGUCCCGGUCGCCGAUUGCAAUAGGAAGUUUUACAACUCGCAAUUCAAGGAUGACAUGCCUAUGAAGAGCUACUUGGAUUAUUGGGUCGAUUAUAAGCAGAACAAUUAUUCGAAAUCGAUGCCGUUGCUGUACCUGAAAGACUGGCACUGCGUGAAAAGCUUCCCCGAUAUCCCCAUUUAUGAAGUGCCUCAGUAUUUUGUGUCCGAUUGGCUGAACGAAUAUUACAUUGCUCAUCCUGAAUUAAAUGAUGAUUAUAUGUUUAUUUAUAUGGGACCGAAAGAAACGUGGACUCCUUUACACGCGGAUGUUUUCACAUCAUACAGUUGGUCUGCAAAUAUAGUUGGGAGAAAGAGAUGGUUACUUUUUCCUCCACACGAGGAAGAUCAUUUUCGUGAUCUUUAUGGGCAAUUAGCAUACGAUGCAGUUUCAGCGGAUCUUAAUGACCAUACAAAAUACAAAAUGUAUGAUAGUAAAAAGUUAAAAUGUUUUGAUAUAACUCAAGAAGCAGGGGAGAUCAUAUUUGUGCCAUCUGGAUGGCAUCAUCAAGUUUGGAAUUUGGAAGAUACAAUUUCCAUUAAUCAUAAUUGGAUUAAUGGUUGUAAUAUAAGCAAUGUAUGGCAGGCGUUAAAAAUGGAAUUGAGAUCUGUUAUGAAAGAAGUUGAUGAUUGCAAGGAUAUGAAGAACUGGAAUAAACAUUGCCAAUUGAUGCUCAAAGCCUCCUAUGGCAUGGAUUAUAAACAGUUUCUCGAGUUUAUAUCAUUUAUUGCUAAGAAUCGUUUACAUGCUAUGUUGAAGAAAAAUCAAGUUGUCAGUUUUCGCAAAUAUCAUUUUGGAUAUAAUCACUGUUUGUUUGAUUUGCGAGCACUGAAAAACGUAUUGGAGGAUAUUAUCACAGACGCACAAGAUCUGUCUGUGUACAACUUGAUGUGUGAAAAUGAUGAAGCACGGCUGUUAUUGAAAACUGUUAAUUCGUUUCUCGAGUCAUCUUGUAACAUUGAAAAUGUAACUUCACCCAUGAUUGUGCAAAGCAAAGUUCAAUAAGUUCAAGUUAACAGAUGAAAUAAAUUCGUUAAUAGAAGCAAAUUGUGAUGUUUGUUUUCAUAAAUAUAGCACUUUUACUUGGUUGUCAUAUU